AUGCUUCUUCCAAUUCCAAACCUUCCAAUUUUCCCACUCUUUCUUUUUCUUCUGAUAUCAACUUCAUUUACACAACCUCUACCUUCAGUACAAGACAAUUUCAUCAAAUGCCUCUCAGAAAAUUCUGAGAUUUUAAUCCCAUUCUCCACAGCCUUAAUCACCCCAAAGAACUCUACAUUCAUCCCUACCCUACAAUCUACAGCACAGAAUCUUAGGUACUUGGUCCCUUCAGUGCCAAAGCCUGAGUUCAUUUUCACACCAUUGCAUGAUUCUCAUGUCCAAGCUGCUGUCAUUUGCUCAAAGCAGCUUGGAAUACAUCUCAGGGUCAGAAGUGGAGGGCAUGAUUAUGAGGCCCUCUCUUAUGUGUCCCAAACUGAAACACCUUUCAUUGUUGUAGACCUUGCCAAACUUCGAUCGGUCAUCGUCGAUAUUGAAGACAACAGCUCAUGGGUUCAAGCUGGUGCCUCCAUAGGUGAAGUUUACUACAGAAUUGCAGAGAAGAGCAAAACGCAUGGCUUCCCUGCUGGGCUUUGUACAAGCUUGGGUGUGGGAGGGCACAUAACUGGUGGUGCAUAUGGUAGCAUGAUGAGAAAAUAUGGCCUUGGUGCUGAUAAUGUCAUCGAUGCUCGAAUCAUUGAUGUUACUGGCAGAAUUCUUGACAGGGCAGCCAUGGGAGAAGACCUGUUUUGGGCAAUCAGAGGAGGUGGAGGAGCGAGCUUUGGCAUCAUCCUUUGGUGGAAGAUAAAGCUGGUUCCUGUUCCAUCAACGGUGACAGUUUUUACGGUUGCUAAGACCUUGGAAACAGGUGCAACAAAGGUCCUGCAUAAAUGGCAACAAGUAGCUGCUACUGAGCUUGAUGAAGAUCUCUUCAUUAGGGUCGUCAUACAAUCAUCAAAAGACAGCAAAACUGGCACUAAAACUAUCACCACUCUUUACCAAGCCCAAUUUCUUGGUGAUGCUGACAGAUUGCUUGAUGUUGUGAAAGCAAAAUUCCCUGAAUUGGGUUUGACAAAAAAGGAUUGCACAGAAACAAGUUGGCUCAAAGCUGUGAUGUACAUAGCAGGGUACCCAAGUGGAACUCCACCUGAGGUUUUGCUUCAAGGAAAAUCAACAUUCAAGAACUAUUUCAAAGCAAAAUCAGAUUUUGUCAAAGAUCCAAUUCCUGAAACUGGGCUUGAGGGGCUUUGGAAAAGGCUGAUGGAGGAAGAGAGUCCUCUGUUGAUUUUCAAUCCAUAUGGGGGACAGAUGAGCAGAAUUUCAGAGUCUGAAAUUCCCUUCCCUCACAGAAAUGGAAUUCUCUUUAAAAUUCAGUACUUGACUACAUGGCAAGAUCCCCAUGAAGAUGAGGCAAAGCACAUGGAUUGGAUUAGGAAGCUUUACAAUUACAUGGCUCCUUAUGCCACAAUGUUCCCAAGGCAAGCAUAUGUGAAUUAUAGGGAUCUUGAUUUGGGGGUUAACAAGAAGAGCAACAUAAGCUUCAUUGAAGCAAGUGCUUGGGGUAACAGGUAUUUCAAGGACAACUUUAACAGAUUGAUAAAGAUCAAGACCAAAGUCGAUCCAGAUAACUUCUUCAGGCAUGAACAGAGCAUCCCUCCUCUUCCACUCCCUAAAAGUUCUAGAACUGGUCAUCGUCAACAUAGUCUAUAG